AUGACAACAAUAGCCAUUCCUCCAUUACCAUUUAAAGUGAAAACUGUUGUUUCAUGGGCAGGUGAAGAAGAUGGAGAUUUAGGAUUCAUGGAAAAUGAAAUAGUUGAAGUUUAUUCCAUAGUUGAUGAAAGUUGGUGGAGUGGUAAAUUACGAAGAAAUAAUGCUGAAGGAAUAUUUCCAAAAGAUUAUGUGGCCAUUCUUGAAGAUAAAUUAAAUCAUUCAAUGUCAUCUUUAUCAUUACAAGAUACUAGAAGUACUCCUACUAAACAAUAUGAUAAUGAUUAUAAUGGUAGAAGAAGUGCUGGUGGAAAUACUCCUUUAGGCGGCAGUUAUCCAAGAAUGAAAAAUAAUUUUGCCAAUGAUUCUAUUGAUUAUGAUGCAAUUGAUCAAAGUUUUGAACAACUGCAACAAGGUUAUGAAGAUGGUGGUAGAUAUGGUAAACCAUAUACGCCAACUAAAAAUAAUGUUCGUUCUUCAAAAUACAUGCUGUCCUCAAUGAAUCAUCCAAAGAAUAAAUUAACUUAUCAACAACAAGAAGAAUUAUUAAGACAAAAGGAAAAAGAAAUUGAAUAUUUUAAAGCAAUGCAACAACAACAAAGUUAUCAUGUAAAACCAAAAGUUUCAAUGGAUAAUAAAAGACUAUCAUUUCAACAUGUGCAAAGUAGUCCUGAUGUCAUUGGUAAACAACAGCAACAACAACAUUAUCAACAACUGGAUUAUAACUCACCAAUGAGCAUGAAAUCCCCAUCUUAUAUUGAUGUUUCUCAUACUUCAAAACAAGCCUUUAAUACAACUAUUGAUAAUGCAUAUUUACCUGAUGAAUAUAGCAACACACCAACCAAAUCACAAAAGAGGGCAUCUGUUUCAAAAGAACAUGACAUACUUCAAGAAUAUGAAGAAAUUGCCAGAAAGAAAGCACAAUUGGAAAUGGAAUUGGAAAGAUUAAGACAAGUUGAAAAAGCUGCUAAUAAAAUAGCGGAAAUGAAAAGUCCUAUUCAAAAGGAUAAUUAUUCAAUUGAUUCUUAUGGUACUGACGCAUCCAAAAAAUUUUCAUCCAAAGAUGAUUUAAGUAAAAAAUUGUCAAGAUUUGCUACUGAUGAAUAUGAUGAUGAUGAUAAUGAUAAUGAUGUACGUAGGAAUCAUCGUUCUCCAUCUCCACGUGAUGAAUCUCCACCACCACCUCCACCACCAAAACAUACCAAACCAGCUUAUCAUUAUGAUGAAUUCAAUAGAUCUGGAAAUAUAAAUGGUGAGAGUAAAGUACCAUUUGAUGCUGAUGAUUUUAGAAUUUCAACUGCUUCACAAAGUAAAAUGGAUGAAGAUGCAUACCUUAAAUUAUCAUUAAGACAAGAGGAGUUGAAAAAUUCAAUUAAAUCAUUACAAAGUGAUGUUUUAAAUUUAUCAGAAUUGAGUGCAACCAGUGCUGGUUCUUUCUAUAGACAUAAAUUUGAAAAAGGAUUCCAAGAAAGUAUUCAACUUAAACCGAGUGUUAAUUCUAGAAAAGAUGAUGAUUUCAAAAAUGAUGAACUUGAUAAAAAAUCAGAAGUAAUGGAAGCUGUUUUCCAAGAUAAGAAAUCAAAACCAAAUAUUUUCCAGAAAUUAUUACGUAAAAAUACAGAAGAACUUAAUCCAAUUGAAAGGAAAAUCCAAAAACUGAAUGAAAUUGAUUGGGCUACUUUCAAACAAGAUAUCAAUAGAAUGAAUUCCUUAACUUCACAUGAUAAACAAAACAGAACUAAACGAGUAGUAAGACAAGAUGGUGGAUUGAUUAUUAAACCAUUGGAUUAUAUUUCUGAAAUCAACACUAAUGAAACUGUUGGUUCAGAUGAUGUACUUGAUUUAAGAAAUGUUCAAUACAGUAGAAUCGAUACAUUUGUUCUGAGUUAUGAUCUUAGUCAUGAUUUAAAUGAAUUUAUUUCUGAUAUAUCUACUAAAUUUCAUUUAAGAGUUGUUGAUCAAAUUAGAGGUAUUUUAACUCAUUUAUGUAAAUUUGAAAUCAUUGAAGAACCUUCUAAAAUUCUGCAAGUUAAACCUAAAUUGGCUGAAGUUCAAAAAGCCGGCAAAGUAACUAUUUAUCAACUUAAUUAUAUUUUCAAGAAAAUCUUGGAUGCAUUAAGAAUUCCAUGUGAAGUUGUAUUAGGAUUCUGGAAAAAACCUAAUGAAUUUUAUCAUAAUGAACAAUAUGUUGUUAAUCAUUGUUGGCUUUCAGUAUUGGUUGAUAAUAAUUUCCGUAUAAUGGAUAUUUAUAAUUUCAAAAACCCAUCCAUAUGUAAUUUGAGACAGGAUAAAACCAAUGAAUUUUAUUUCUUAGCUGAACCACUAAGUGUGGUAUCAACUCAUAUUCCAUGUAUUAUUGAUUUACAACAUGUUAUGCCACCUAUUGAUCCAAAUAUUGCCUUUUAUUUACCACGUACAUAUUCUGGAUUUUACAAGAGUGAUUUAAGUUUUAAAAAUUUCAAUAAUGCAUUGACUAGAUUACAUGAUUUGGAGUUGUUUGAAUUAGAACUUAGUAUACCACAUGAUGUUGAAUUAUUUACAUUAGUUAAAACAUCAAAGAUAACAUCUAAUGAAUUAAGUUUAUGUCAAAUUAAAUGGGUUAAUCAUAAAAGAGUAGCGAAAAUUAAAGCAGUAUUACCAGAAAAUGAAUCAGUGGGUGUAUUACAAAUAUUUGCUGGAGCCAAAGGAUUACAAAAACAUUUUGAUAAUAUUCAUGAAUUGGCAAUUGUUAUUCCAUUAAUGCAUCAAGGUAUUUCAAAACAAACUAAAUUUGUACAAAAAUUUCCAACUGUUCAAAGUCAAAGAAAUGAUUUAUAUAUUGUUAAACCUCAAACAAGUAAAAUCAUUGCUAAUAAUUUAUAUAAUUUUGAAAUUGAACAAUAUCCAUCUACUGGGGUUAAUUCAGGAUCAGGUUUAAUGAAUCAAGAUUUUAAAUUAGUUAUUGAAUCACCAUCAGGAAAAUAUUUGAAAUUAAGUAAAGAAGAUAUGACUAAACCUUAUGGAACUUAUUCAUUAAAUAUGAAAUGUCAUGAAACUGGUAUGUAUAGAGGUUUAGUAAUUGGUGAUAGUGGUAACAGUUGGUAUGUUUUUGCACAAUGGGAAUGUGUUCAAGGCACAGUCACUAAUUAG